AACAUGGCUUCGAAAAGGAAGGCCGAGAGUUGGACCGAGGAGGUAAUUUGUCCCGUCUGCCUGGAUUUCUUCACCGAUCCGGUUAUACUGGAGUGUGGACACAACUUCUGUCGCUCUUGUAUCACACAGUAUUGGGAAAGGGAGGAGAGAAACUCCUGCCCGGAAUGUAGAAAGGUGUUUGCUGACCGCACCCUCAGGGUGAAUCGGGCCUUAGCAAAUCUGGCUGAAAAAGCUCGAAAUCUAAACCUGAAUCCGAAAGGGAAGGAAAGUAAACGUCACUGCGAGGAACAUGAGGAAGAACUGAAGCUGUUUUGUGAAACGGACAAGACACUGAUCUGUGUGGUCUGUGCAGCUGCGCAGGAACACAGAGAGCAUCGAUUUGUGCUGAUUAAAGAGGCUGUUAAAAACUAUAAGGAUCAGCUAAAAUCUUCCUUAGACUCUCUCACAAAAAAGAAAUCAGACUUCCAGGAAAAGGAGCAGCAACAGAAAGAGAAGAUUUCCGGAGUUCGGGAACAGUCACACAGUGUUCAGUCCCACAUCACAUCCCAGUUUGCUGAACUGCACCAGAUUAUCACUGAGAAAGAGCAGAGCUUACUCAGGGAUCUCAGGGAAGAAGAGAAGAGGAUUCUCAAUCCAAUGGAGAAAAAUCUUCUAGCACUUCAAGAGAAUAUAAGGAUUAUUCAGGAGGAAAUCACUAAGUUAAAGGAACAGAUGGAUCAGAAAGCUGGUGUGAUAUUUCUCAAGGAGGAAGCUCGUCGGAACAGAAGGAUUAAUGACGAUGUCCAGGAAUUGUCAGUGACAGAUGAGACCCUACCGGUUGAAAAAUUCGAUCACCUCUAUUUGUUGAACACAGUGCUGAGAGAAACGCUUGAUGCUAUUAAUCAAGUUUCGAAGAAUGAGAGGAGAUCUCAUGGAAACACAAAAUUCUUUCAGGGGUCAACAGGCAGGAGUGAGGGAGGAUGUUUCCCCUGUCCAGCGGAAAACCCUUGUGGCGACAUCUGCUUUUGUCGAAUCAAAGUCUCUGUCACCCUGGAUGUGGAAACGGCGAAUCCGGAUCUCGAGGUGUCUGAGGAUCGGAAGAGUGUGAGACGGACCGGGACCCGGAGGAAUCUCCCUGACACCGGGAAGAGAUUCACAGUCUGGCCUUGUGUGCUGGGAUCGGAGGGAUUCCCAUCGGGGAGACAUUACUGGGAGGUGGAGGUGACGGGGAUUCGGCGCUGGUUUCUGGGAGUCGCCGCAGAGUCUGUGGAGAGGGAGGGAGGGGUCAGACUGAGUCCGGAGACCGGAUUCUGGGUCAUCAGGCGGGCUGGUGACGUGUUACAUCGGGAUUGUGACGUGUCCGGUCGCCCCUCCCCCAAGUCCCGUCUCGCUGCCGGUCCCAUCCCCGGGAGGGUGGGAGUUUAUCUCAGUUACGAGUCCGGGACAGUUUCAUUUUACAACGCGGAGACCAAGUCCCAUCUCCACACCUUUACUGGGAAUAAAUUCACGGGGAAACUUUAUCCUUUCUUCGCGACCUGGGAUGGAAACCAGUGGCUGAGAAUCUGCUCCGGUUCCGCUCCGGGUCUGUAAACGGGUCCGGUCCCGGGACCGGCGUCAGGAGUAAAGUCCCUGUAAAUAUAAAUGUGCGGAGAGUGCAGCUAAAUACGUGGCUCAGGGGAUGGUGUAGGAGGGAGGGCUUCAUGUUUCUGGACAAUUGGGCUUUGUUCCCGGGAAGG